GUAUGACAUCAGUGGUGUGUUAUUACAGAAUACAUAUGGUUUAUCAUCUCUCUGGAUUCUCGUCAUGAGAAUAUGAUGACUUUCAGAAAUCCUUCCUCUCAUAAACACUUCGGCGGCUACAUGCGCGUAAGAAGCCGGAGGGGAAACUGGCUUGCGGUGGUUUUGCUCCGAAUAUCACGCCGGGAUUUGUUCUUCUGCCUGACCGCUCUCCUCAUAUUCUGCCUGGGCUCUGUGCUAUAUCAGUUAAAAGGAGAAGCACCAAAAAUCCUGCUGGAUGUGGGUUAUUAUCUCGGGAGAUUUGCUGGUGGCCAUGGAUCUUUAGCACCCAGAGCUUUACCUUUCCCAAGUCAGGUUGUGUAUAACAGGGUUGGUAAGUGUGGCAGUCGCACUAUAGUUUUGUUGCUGCGCAUGCUGGCGGACAGACAUCAGUUCACCCUCAUCUCCUCUGAUAUUCACAACAAGACCAGACUCACCAAACGUGAACAGGAAAAUCUAAUAAGAAACAUCAGCACAACUCCUCAGCCGUUUCUCUAUACCCGCCAUGUGCAUUUUCUCAAUUUUAGCAGGUUCAGAACGGAUGAACCUGUGCACAUCAACAUCAUCAGAGACCCCAUCAACCGAUUCCUGUCCAACUAUUUCUUCCGGCGCUUCGGCGACUGGAGGGGAGAAGAGAAUCACGUCGUCCGAACCCCAGGGAUGAAAGACGACGAAAGAUACUUAGACAUCAACACGUGCAUCUUGGAAAGCUACCCUGAAUGCUCCAAUCCCCGUCUCUUUUACAUUAUCCCGUAUUUCUGUGGGCAGCAUCCUCAGUGCAGAGAGCCGGGUUUGUGGGCACUGGAGACGGCCAAGCAGAACGUUCUGGAUCACUACCUGCUGGUAGGAGUGUUGGAGGAACUUGAGGAUGUGCUGCUUCUGUUGGAGAGACUCCUUCCACAUUUCUUCUCUGACGUCUUGAACAUCUACAAAAGUCCAGACUAUAGGAAGCUUGGGAACAUGACGGGCACUGUACGGAAACAAACUCCUAAUCUAGAGGCCCUGCAGGUGCUUUAUGAGCGCAUGGAGUACGAGUACAAAUUCUACAACUUUGUCAAAGCUCAGUUCCACCUCACCAAGCGGAAGAUUGGCCUGAGAUCUGGCCCAAAACCCUCCAGACAUUAUUCCAGUGCGCUUCAGAGGAAAGACCUCCAAGAAGAGCUGGAGGAAGAGGAAACUGAAGACUCACUCGAGUGGACCGGACAGACCUGAGAGAUGCUCUGAGACCCGAUCAGAUACAAUCAACUAGAGUCUAAAAUAACUGAUCAUUCAGGUCCUACUAAACCAUAAAACUGGACAAAGCUUGAAACUCAUGACUUUAUGUUCAUUUAUAAAAAAGAAAAAAUGAUUGCACUGAAUGUUAUCAACAUUCUUAGAUUGUAGAAUAUUUAACAUUUUAAUAACUUGAUCUAUAUAUGAAGAGUUCAGAUGCAAAUGCCUGUAAGUACACCUGACAUUGUUCUUUAAAAUGAGCAUUUCUUUCUGGCUCCUAUGUAUAGGUUUCUAUGUAAGUACUUGUACUUCUGAAUGGGUUGAGGCUGGGAUUUAGCGCAUUUGAAGUGAAAGUACUUGAACAUAUACUAUGUGUGGAGAGCUUUCACUCCGUAUUGUUUUUUUUUGUUUUUUUU